UGUACUUUGCCGAAGGAGUGGAAGAAUUAAUUAGGUCAUCGUCGGCGGACAGGUUCGGAGCCGCGUGUGGUUCGUCGAGCGAGGCAUCGGUUCCAAAGAUGCAGAAGGGCGAAGGAUCGGAGGCUCAAGUGACCUGGGAAGAUCAGCAGAACAUCAACAAGUUUGGGAGGUUGAACAACAGGUUCCACGAGCUCGAGGACGAGAUCAAAGUGGCCAAGGAAACAAAUGAAAAUUUGGAGGAUGCCAGCAAUGAGCUAAUUUUAUCUGAUGAGGACAUUGUGAGGUUCCAAAUCGGGGAGGUGUUUGCUCAUGUGCCACGCGAAGAAGUUGAAAACAGAUUGGAAAAGAUGAAGGAGGAUGCCAGCAAGGAACUCGAAAAGCUAGAGGAAGAAAAGGAAUCCAUCCUUGCGCAGAUGGCUGAACUGAAGAAGAUCUUGUAUGGGAAGUUCAAGGACUCCAUUAAUUUGGAGGAAGAUUAGUUGGGACUGUGAUGCUUUUUCCCUGUUCCUUAAAUCCUUUUUUUUUUUCGCGAUUCUCUACUCCGUAUUGUGUGUGCACUCCUUGAUGAAUUGAAACCCAAAACAUGGUACUCGAGCUUAGAGUGAGCUGUCAGAAAUUUAUUUUGAUGGCUGCAAAAAGAUCUCUGACCUUAUGUGAAAGAUCCUGACAUGAUCCAACAUCUAGACAUCUUUAUUAUGCAGAAGUUUUGCACAUACAAUCCUGAAACAUUUAUGUUUGGAUA